AUGCGUGUUAGGUCUCUCCCGUUGGCUGACAUUGGUGGGAGAGGAGCAGAGGUGGAACCUGAACUAGCAGCUGGGUACAUCGGCUCUGGACUCAGUAGAGUUGUAUUAGCGCAGCAGCAACAUGGUAAAAUCAGGGAAGGGCACACAUAUGAAGAUCUCAAUGGCAAAAUUACUGCAGAAGGAAAAACAGCAGAAGUUCUUCUCACCGCUCUCCUUGGAGUGACCUUUGCAAGUGAUACAGUCAACAUCAACAAUCAGGGAAACACCGGAACAAAUGUUCACCAGACUGUUAACAUUGAUAACCAUGAUAAUGUUGCCAAUGUGAACCAAUUCAAUGGCUGGAACUCUUGGAAUUCCAUAUGGGACUAUAACAGGGGUCUUUUUGCUGCCAGGCUCAUGUCCAAGAGAGCUUGUGUUGUUAGCAGGAUGAACAGAAAUGUGGUACCCAGCUUGGCACAGCUCAGCAAGGUCAGCCAGGAGAAGCAGAACCCCAAUGCUCCCCCUCCACAUACCCUAACGUACACAGUGUCCCAGACCCGGGUUAAGAAUGUUGCACAAUUUGGAAGCCACAUCGAAGCUCUGUGCAAAGGAGUCCCUACUUUCUACGCCCAGGAAAUGCAAGGUGCUGGUCUCUUUUUGAAUAUGCAUGGCUGCACUAAUCUCGGUAUACUGAGAUUUCUCGGCAUCUCUCUGUGUGGGAACAUUGGAUGCUAAGCCUUCCAUCUUGUCUCCUGAUAAUAUGAAUGAACGUGCCUGGCUGAAGUAAUUUUAUUCAUACUCUGCUCCGUCUGAUCUCUUUCCCCCUCUUCUCUUUGUUUGUCCACUGGCUGAA